UCAAUACCACAACCCACGAUCAUCCCGUCCAAAGCCCUAACCCACGAUUUUUAAACCUCUCAUCUAUGUCACUAUCUCCAUUAUCUUCCAUAAGCUCUGUAAGUUGUUCCUCCCACAUAUUGUCUUCUCUUCUUCUAUAAAUGGCCACCACUAAGUCGAGUUCGAAGUUACCUUCCCCAGCUAAAAAAAUUUCUAAAAUUUCUAAGAAACCUCCUACAAAUUCAUCUAAAGUUGAUCCUAAGAUGAGUUUGAAGCGCAUUGCGAAGAAAGGAAUGAGUGAUGUUGCAGAGCCAUCUGGUUCUAAGAAAAGACCUAUUCCAAAUAAAAUUGAGUCUCGUAAGACAAAGAGAGCAAAAUCUUCGAAAUCUGCCAAGGAUGUUAUAUCUUAUUUUGAUUUUGAGGAUGAAGUGCAUGAUGGGGAAGUGAAGCCUAAAGUUAAAUCCAAGGUCCAUGCUAAGAGCUCAGAAAAGUAUGAAGACUUUGACUUACCCAAAAAAAAAUCCUUCUAAGGUGUCUUUUUUUGUGUUUUUUAUAGUACAUUUCUGUUUUUCCCUUUUCUAUUGUUUCAUGUCAUUUGUCAGUGAUGAUAAUCAUUUUUGUGUUGUCGACUUCUUUUUCUUCUUCCUGGUUGUUUUCAAGCUGUUGUACCAUUUCUGCAGCCACAAGCUUUGCGUAGUCAAAAUAUUCAUUUACUCCUGUAGUUUUUUUUGUGUUGUUUUUUGGUUGUUGGAUGGUUGUCUCUGAUGUCACAGUCCCUGUCUCUAGAAAAAAUGUAUCAUCUUGAAUUGUGUGUGCAAAUAGUUGUUGCUUGGAAGUUGUU